GUGUCGGCGCAGGCCGGCUGCGCAGUCGCAGUCCGCGUCUGUCCACGACUCCCCGGGAGUGGGGAGUUCGCCCACUCACCUCUGCUGUUGAAGCGGCCUCUGAAGGACUGAGACCCGGGAGGGGGGGAGUCGGCAAGUGCGGAGCUCGAGUGUGAGUCCCUCUCCGCGAGUCCCUUAAUUGUAAACGUAGAUAUAAGAUUUAAGUCAAAUUCAGUCUAUGUUUCAGUUCACUUCCGCUUCAUAAAUGGUAUCAAAAUGCCCUCAGAUCUCAACUUUCUUAUAUAAACGUCAUGUUUAGGCUCUGAAGGACACCGCCACAUAGUACCCCAUACACGUCGGUGCUUGUUCCACUUGCAGCCAUGAAUCGGAAGAGGAUAUUGAUCCCCCAGAUCUUCAAGCAGUUUAAGAAGCGCAGACUGGGAGCGGAGGAUGGCACAGUGCUCACCGAUAAGAGUGUCACUCUGGAAUUUGAAGAUAUGCCAAAUGAUACCAAAACUGGGCUACUGUUUCUGGUGAGAUUAUUUCCCCGUAAAUUAUUUGACGAUUGUCUUCCUCCAAUUGUCCUCAAACACCAACUUUACAGCAUUGUUAAAGACAAAACAACAGUUGAUCGUCAAUUGAAUGAGCUGAAAGAUCUGGGAGUCAUUCGAAUGUUCAAUCUUGGAUUUGACACCGAUGUGUUUGGCAUUGUCUUUAGCGAAGAUUACAAAAGCAAAGUUUUGGCUGCAACAGCGACAAAAGAGAGUUCAGCGACAGUGCAGAGGUUUUUAGAGACAGUAUUAACGUCCUGUACAGAUAUUGGUUUCAACCAAGAGAAAAUGCUGAAAGAGUUCUCUUUUCAGGACCAAGAAAUAACACAGCUGGUGAACGCAGGGGUUUUUACAGUACGGGACGUAGGAAGCUGGUGGCUUUCAAUUCCGGGUGCUGGUCGAUUUGUGAAAUAUUUUGUGAAGGGCCGUAAAGCUGUUCUCAAUAUGAUACGGAAAUCCAAGUAUAAGGAAGUUUUACAAUCGGAUUUAGAGCUUCGGAAAAUAACCUGCACAGUAAAACUAGGGAUCCAGUAUCAAGUUCAUGACAUCAUUGGAGCAGAGUUGGUAAAAUGCAUUCCAACAACUACAGGAACAUUGUUACGCUUGAAUGAUACAUGAACAGGUGACUUCCCUGGAAACAGCGUGGACCACUUUGAGCAAUCCUGUCUCUGGCAAGAAUAGACUGAUGGCAUUUUCAGGAGUGGAACAGACAACUAUUGGGAAAAAAAGAAAACAAAGAAAGAAAAAAAGGGAAAUGUUUACCUAAAUUAUUAAAAAUAAUAUGUUACAAGAAACUGAACACCUAGCUGUGAAGCAGCAAAACUAUAUUUGAUAUGAAAGUGCAGAUAAGCUCGGUUUCCUAGUUAUCUUCACUUUGCCAAUGUAUAUGUGCUACUCUACAUGCAUUGUAAUGGAACGCCACUUUGUUUCACCAAUAUUUUGAGAGGUCUCAAUGACGUGAAUAGGUGCUAAAUCAAAUGCAGGGAUUAUUAUUAUAUUGUAUGGUGUGCUUGAGGGAGCAAUGUGAAUAAAUCAAUAAUGCAACGCA